AUGUAUGCGCAUUCGUGGCACGACUUGCCUCUCCAGCUAGGCAGCGUGCUCGAAAAUUUCAACCAAUCCAUCGGCAAUAACGCUCAAUUCGUUGCUUUCACCGAUUCCGAUUACAUUUCAGAAGAUGUCACCUUUGCAAUUAAGUCAGUGGGGAGCGAUGAAACGAUUCUCUUCACCUUUAGUCGGUCACACUGCACUGCUCGAGUUGGCCGACCUGAGGAGGCUCUGUUUUCACUUGCUGCACUGCCUUUUCAGUGGGAACAUAUGUUCAAAAAGAAUCCAGUGGUACCUUACCAAAGCUUCUGGGCUCUAUAUGGCCAAAACAUCAGACAAGAAGGCGUUGAAGUGAUUGGGGACCAUCUUGCAUUUGCCAAUUACGCUCAUAUCUGGCGAACCAUAUUAGAUGUCUUACACGAUGUCUACUGUGGUCCCAAUGAUGUGGAUCUUCAGCCGGAACAGGAAGAUGACUUUUUGGUUGGUCGGUAUAUCUUCAUCAAUACCGCCGCUUGGGGUAGAUGCAAGGUCUUUUUCGAACGAAGUGGCACAGGCCCUCGAGAAAUAUUGUUUCUACACACUGCAGGCUCUGACAGCCGCCAAUACCAUGGUGUUAUGAAUGAUUCAAGAAUGAGGACCCGUUGUACCAUGGUUGCCUUUGAUUUACCUUCUCAUGGUCGCAGCUUUCCCAGUGCACAAGCUCUCGGCGGCCACAGCAAUAGCGAGGACGCAUAUAUUGAGAUUAUUGCUGCUAUCAUCAAAGCUCUUGGAAUGAAGAAACCAAUUAUAUGCGGAGCGUCCAUGGCAGGUCAAGCAUGCAUUGCUCUGGCAAUUCGUGCCAGCGAGACUGGUAUUGGUGGAUCGAUUCCUCUACAGGGUUGCGAACGAGUUGAAAUGAAAAGAGAGUGGCACGACAAGUCACCUCUGAUCAAUAGUGCUACAUUCAACCCGGAGUGGGUUUACGGGAUGAUGUGUCCAACGGCCCCUAGUGCGAAUCGCAAAUUACUUUGGCAUACAUACAGUGGUCAAGCGUAUGGUGUGUAUCACGGUGAUUUGGACUUCUACUUCAAUGGAUGGGACGGUCGCGGUCGCGUGGAAACCAUCGACACGAAAAUAUGCCCCAUCUUCUUUCUCACUGGCGAAUAUGACUGGAGCAACACACCUCAGAUGUCCGAGGACACUGCAAGAAAAAUCCCUGGGGCCAAGUUCAAGAGAAUGCCAAAUCUGGGCCAUUUUCCUGCUACUGAAAAUCCUGCCAUUUUCGUGCCUCAUCUUCUUGAGGCUGUUAAUUUUAUUGAUGCAGAGCUUGAUUUGACUGGAAAGCUGUGA